GGGGGGAGCUCUGCCCGACAGCUGGGUCCUGUCUUCGCGCUGAGGAGGCCUUAUUUUCGAGAUCAGGCGUGACCCGGAUAAGCCCCAGAGAGCUGUAAGAAGUUGGAUGUAGAAGUUCUUCCGUCAUUGGCUUCCUAUACAAAUCCCUAGAUUCCUGAUUCUAUUUCGUAUCCUAUAAUCAUGGACUUGUUUAUGUGACCUUUAUGUGACCUUCCAAGCCCACAAAUCAACUGGCCAGGUUUCUCAUUUUUCUUGAAGAUUGGUUACACUGGAUAUGCUGCUGUUCUUUAUUUUGGGAUUGCUCGUACAUUUUGUGUUCUUUGCCUCCAUCUUUGAUAUUUAUUUUACAUCUCCUUUGGUUCAUGGAAUGACUCCUCAGUUUACAUCAUUGCCUCCUCCAGCAAGAAGAUUAGUGCUGUUUGUUGCUGAUGGCCUGCGAGCAGAUGCACUUUAUGAAUUAGAUGAAAAUGGAAAUUCUAGAGCGCCAUUUAUUAGGAAUAUCAUAAUGCAUGAAGGCAGCUGGGGGAUAUCUCAUACACGUGUGCCAACUGAAUCUCGGCCAGGCCAUGUGGCCCUGAUAGCUGGGUUUUAUGAAGAUGUCAGUGCAGUUGCCAAAGGAUGGAAGGAAAAUCCUGUAGAAUUUGAUUCUCUUCUUAAUGAAAGCAAGUACACAUGGAGCUGGGGAAGCCCAGACAUCUUGUCUAUGUUUGCCAAAGAUGUUAGUGGAGACCACGUUUUUAUACAUGCUUAUGACGCUGAUGAUGAGGAUUUUGGUGCUCAAGAUGUAACAAAACUCGAUACCUGGGUUUUUGAUAAUGUUAAGGAAUUCUUUCAUGCUGCCAGAAACAACCAAUCUUUGUUUUCUAAACUAAAUGAAGAGAAAAUAGUUUUUUUCUUACAUUUAUUAGGAAUAGAUACGAAUGGACAUGCUCACCGACCAUCAUCGAGGGAAUAUAAGGACAAUAUUAAAAUAGUUGAUGAGGGAGUAAAAGAAAUUGUGUCCAUGUUUAAAGAUUUUUAUGGAAAUGAUGGGAAAACGGCAUUUGUCUUUACUGCUGACCAUGGAAUGACAGAUUGGGGUGUCCAUGGAGCUGGUCAUCCUUCAGAGACUUUAACUCCUUUUGUCACUUGGGGAGCUGGAAUCAAGUAUCCCCAAAAAGUAUCAGCUCAGCGAUUUAAUGAUGCAUUUUUGAAAGAAUGGAAAUUGGAGACCUGGAAGAGGCAAGAUAUCCAUCAGGCUGAUAUUGCACCAUUGAUGGCUUCUCUUAUUGGAGUUCCCUUUCCCCUUAAUUCAGUGGGAAUCCUUCCUUUGGGUUAUCUUAACAACACCGAUCUCUUCAAAGCAGAGAGCAUGUUUACAAAUGCACUACAGGUUCUGGAACAGUUCAAGGUGAAAAUGACUCAGAAAAAAGAAGUUACCUUAUCAUUUUUGUUUAAACCAUUUAAGUUGCUUUCUGAGUCUAAACAGCUCAACAUUUUAAGAAAAGCAAGAUCUUAUAUAAAACAGAGAAAGUAUGAUGAAGCAGUCUCCCUUUGCAAGGAGCUGAUUCAUCUUGCAUUGAGAGGACUGUCCUAUUAUCACACUUAUGACAGAUUCUUUUUGGGCAUCACUGUUGUUCUUGGUUUUGUGGGAUGGACAUCUUAUGCUUCUUUGUUGAUCAUCAAGUCUCAUUCCAGCCUUACCAGAGGUGUUAGUAAAGAAGUUAAGAAAACAAGCCGUCUCCUGCCAUACGGUUUUGUAGCUACUGGCGUUUUAGUAGUAUUUUUCCUGCUGAUUCAAGCCUGCCCCUGGACUUAUUACGUAUAUUGUUUAUUGCCAGUGCCAACAUGGUAUGCGGUUCUAAGAGAAUUUCAAGUUAUUCAAGACCUUGUUGCAUCACUGUUGCGCUUUCCUCCGAGGCAUUUCGUUGGAUACCUGUUAGUCUUUACCCUGGGAAUUGAAGUAUUAGUUCUCAGUUUUUUCUACCGCUGUAUGCUUACAGCCGGACUCAUUGCAUUUGCGGGCUGGCCGUUUAUCACUCAGCUGUGGACUCGAGCAAAGAGCACCUCACUGAGUUGGAUUUUCUUCUCUUUGCUCCUGGCAGCGUUCCCUCUGAUGCCUGUUGUAGGACGAGAGCCAGAUAUCUCUCUAGUAAUGAGUGCAGGCUUGCUGCUUCUUCUGCUAUCCCUGUUUGUUGUAACAUCUCUCACAAAAAGGAAAGACAGUUUUGUAAAUGAAGAGCUAUUUUUGCAUCUAUUACAGAUGCUGAGCACAGUGCUUUCCAUGUAUGUUGUGUAUAGCACCCAUAACAGUCUACUCAAGAAACAAGGACUUCCUCGUAUUAAUCAGAUUAUUAGCUGGAUAACAUUAGCCUCUUCCUUUGUCCUGCCGCUACUGAGUCCCACGGUUCUCCUUGAGCGAUUGUUUAGCAUACUUCUUUCCUUGAUGUCAACCUACCUCCUUCUAAGCAGAGGGUAUGAAGCUCUCUUUCCGUUAGUAUUGUCGUGUUUGAUGUUGGCCUGGAUACACAUGGAACAAGAAACCCUACAACAAUCUGGUGUUUCCUGUAAACAGAAGGUCAACGGUAUCCAGUUCAUCUAUAAUACUGAUAUAACCCAGUUCCGACAGCUCUGUCUGGAUGACAUCCGGAGGGCCUUUUUUCUUGUUUUCUUCUUAGUGACAGCGUUUUUUGGAACUGGGAAUAUAGCUUCUAUUAACAGCUUUGAUCUUACCUCUGUCUAUUGCUUUCUGACUGUGUUUAGUCCUUUUAUGAUGGGAGCCCUGAUGAUGUGGAAGAUUUUAAUUCCCUUUGUUCUUGUGAUGUGUGCUUUUGAAGCAGUUCAGUUAACUACCCGGUUAUCAUCAAAAAGUCUUUUUCUCAUGGUUCUCGUCAUAUCAGACAUUAUGGCUUUGCAUUUUUUCUUCUUGGUCAGGGAUUAUGGCAGCUGGCUUGAUAUUGGAACAAGCAUCAGCCACUAUGUGAUUGUCAUGUCCAUGACCAUGGUUCUGGUGUUUCUCAAUGGCCUGGCACAGCUGCUCACGACAAAGAAACUCAAACUCUGUGGCAAACCCAAAAGCCAUCUCAUAUGAUGUUGCUGAUGCCAUCAUUCAGCUUCUGGAUCUUGCUUCUCAUUCUCCUUGGAAACUGAAAUCUUAUCAAGGAUUCAAUAGGAAGAUGGAUAUUGAUGCACAGCAUAUUAUGCUCCUAUAAAGAAAAUCAUAUGUGGAAUGCUAAAUUUACAGGAUAUCUGGAAUAAAGGAGCUUCCAUCUUCUUUAGGUUUUGCAUGUGUGAAAUAGUGAUUGUGUCUGUGGGAAAGCACAGUGAAGCAUUCUCCAUUUUCGUUUUUUUCCCUUAGUUGGCAGCUCUUCUCACUGAUGUUUCAGAGCACCUGUGACAGUCUGGUCCCCAGCUGUACAGCUUCCUGUAUACGCAAAGGCGCAUGUGCUCCUGUGGGGGCAGUAUUGAUCACAUCCAGAGUCAAUACUGUGGCCGAACUUGAAGGACAUCACCAGGUGGCACCAUAAAUAUUUAUCAGCUCUCAGCACUAGUGUUGCGAGUAUUUCUGACUACUAAACGACAACACUAAAAAGACAAUCAGGAUGUGUUAUUUCAAAUUUAGUAAUGCUUCAGUGGAAAAAACGUUUUCGGGUGUUUGUCAUUUUUCUUUAGUACGCAACAGUAUUAUCUUUUGCUUCUUAAUGCUGUUUCUAGUCCACCAGCUAGAUGCAGGUUUGAACUUCACUUUAUUUUUCACUUCUGGAUUCUCAUGGAAUUUCUGGAGAUAGAAAAGUAGAAAAUGUUUAGUAUUUGUGUCUUGUCCAUGGGAAAAAAUUGAAAGGAUUAGUUUUUAAUUGUAAUUGUAAUAUCUGUUGCCACCAUAGCUUUUAUCAUGAUUUGUUGCAACAGAAUUCUUUAAAUUAGUGGUUAAACUUUCUGACAAUAUUAUAAGAAUCAGUGUUAAAAUUGCUUUUCUUUCUGAUUGUGAGAUUCUAGUCCAAAGGCCUUAAAGUCCCCUCAUUAAAUUUAGAGUUCCCUUUGUAAACUAAUUCUAAUGGACAAAAUAUGUUGAGAGUAAUUUUUAUUUGGAUUUUUCCUAAGUGACCUUUACAUCUCACUGUAGAGUUGGCCUUUUGCCCAUGGUGUGCCAGUAGAUUUUGGCUUAUGCUAAGCUUUGCUGGUCUGAGUCCCAUUUUUAAAAAAUAAUUGCUUUUGAAUUAAGUUAUAGCUUUACUAAUUCACAUUAUGAUGAGGAAGCCCUCUACAAAUUACUAGAUUUUUCAGGUUGGCAGGUGAGUGAACAAAUACAACUAGGAAGACUCGAAAGGUUUGGCAAAAUAUACUUUCUUAAUUUCUAUUUAUGAUUAAGUAUAGUUAUAAUUUAUUUGUGAUAGUACUUCAUGGCAUACCAGCGAAAGCAUUAUAGUACAAAAAAGGAAAGUGGUGCUGUCAGUAUUAAGAGCUCAUGUAUCAGUCUGUAAUGUAAAAUCUGGAUGGACAACUCAGGCGCUUCUGUAACAGACAGUGACAUCGGGAGGUGGAGAACCCAGGAACUUUCACCUUGCCUCAAAGGAUUUUUAAUCAGUUUUUUCACAAGUCAGAGAAGACUGACUUUAUAAACACUUAUCUUUUAACUCCUUUGAUAUCUAGUUUGCCUUUCAUCUUUUCCCAGAUUUUCACACAGAGAAUGAAUGAAUAUUUUAUUCCAACAUUGUAAAAGGUGCUCAGUGCUCUUACCUUUAUUUUGCUCCCCCUUUUUUUUGUGUGUGUGCUGAGG